CAGUGCAGUGAUCCAAAGGAAUACGGGCAGAGCAGCGCUCAACCGAGGAAUAGCAGGCGGUGAUAGAACUAUGCGUUCUGCGUUCAUCUGGAAUGGACGGUAGAGAGAUGGAUUUUUACGAGGACUACCAGUCGCCGUUUGAUUUUAACACAGGAGUGAACAGAAACUAUCUCUACUUGUCUCCUAGGGGAAAUACAUCCCCACCAGGAUCACCUACUCUUCAGAAGUUUGGUCUACUGAGAACAGACCCAGUACCCGAGGAAGGAGAAGAUGUUGCUGCCACUAUCAGUGCCACUGAGACCCUAUCAGAGGAGGAGCGAGAAGAGCUAAGAAGGGAACUUGCAAAGGUAGAAGAAGAAAUCCAGACUCUGUCUCAAGUGUUAGCAGCAAAAGAGAAGCACCUAACGGAGAUCAAGCGGAAACUCGGGAUCAAUUCGCUGCAGGAAUUAAAACAGAACAUUGCCAAAGGGUGGCAAGAUGUGACAGCCACGUCUGCGUACAAGAAGACCUCUGAAACCUUAUCUCAGGCUGGACAGAAGGCUUCAGCUGCUUUUUCAUCUGUUGGAUCAGUCAUCACCAAAAAGCUGGAAGAUGUAAAAUUGCAAGCCUUUUCACAUUCCUUUAGUAUACGCUCCAUUCAACACUCAAUUAGCAUGCCUGCUAUGAGAAACUCCCCAACAUUCAAAUCGUUUGAGGAAAAGGUUGAAAACUUAAAGUCUAAAGUAGGAGGAACCAAGCCUGCUGGUGGUGAUUUUGGAGAAGUCUUGAAUUCGACUGCAAACGCUAGUUCCACCACCACGGAGCCUCUUCCAGAAGAGACACAGGAGAGCCUGUGAGAUUCCUACCUUUGUUCUGCUACUCACUGCCAGAUGCUGCAAGCGAGAUCCAAGCACAUCUUGUCAACAUUCAUUGCCAUGAAUUUCCACCAGAUGUGCUUUUGUUGAGCUUUACAUAUUCCUUUGACCAAAUAGUUUGUGGGUUGAACAACGUAAAAAUAUCUUAACCUCUAUUCCUGGGAAACACCCUUUUGUGUGCAUUUAAGGCCCUUUAUUUAGAAAAUAUCAUUAUAAAAACACAUAUAGUACCUGGAGAUCCUCACUAGAAUGAUCUAAGAAGCUGUGGGUUAUCAUAAUUGCUUUCCUACUUUACAAAAUUGCUCUGGAUCUGGGAUACCAGUUUGAUCUUUGUCUUCUAUACAAUUUUCUUUUUUCCUCUUUGAAUCUCUGUAUAUUUGAUUCCUAGGUAAGACUGUUCUUUAAAAUUUUCUGUAUCCUGGUUAUUAAAAGUUUUGGCAAGGUGUUCUUUACCUCCAAGGGAAGAACUACCAGCUACAAAAAAUAUUUUCGAAUAAAUAUUGUUUUGGUAUAAGUUAUCUUAUAUCUUGGGUGUUUGAAGACACCAGACUAAAUAUUCAAUUUAUUAUAGUUUUAUAAGUGACAAUAUGUACAGACAGUAAUUCAAAAUCCUAGGCGACUUGAGAGUGGAGCCCUCACAUCCUUGUUUAUCGCCAUCUGUGACAGUAACCAUUUCAGUGUCACGGUCAUUAUGCGUCAUGGUUAUUGUGCCACUUAUAGCUACUUAUUUUGCACCAGAUUAAAAUUUUAGUUUUGGAGUAGAUUGUAAGUUAACGUUCUGAAUCAAGCAUAUUGUAUUAUCAGUAGGUUGAAAUAUGAACACUGUCCUCAAACGUUCAGUUCAAAAGACUGAAAGAUUUUUAGAUCUAGGUAGCUGAAAAGUGCUAAAAUCAAUCACAUUAGGGGAAACGUUGUUGUCUUCAUUUAAUUCAUUUAGCAACAUUUACAGUAAGAAGCACACAUAUGACUAAUAUAACUUGAAAAAAUUUUAUACUAAGGGGUUGGUGAUAACUCCUGAGGAUUUAAUGCAUUAAUAAAAAUCAACUCAUCAUUUUCUACUUACUUGUUUUCAGUGUGUUAGAAAUUACAAAAUGAUACGGUAGAUAUUGCCCCCUGCUUUGAAAACUGAGUGUCAGGGCUGAAUGAACCAAAGCCUCUGGAAGUAUCUGCAUGGAGGCCAAGGUACUCUAUUAAUACUAAUGGCUAGUUACUCAUCACCACUAUCUUUUCCUUAUGCUGUGUAUGGUUAUGGCCUACAAUGUUGUAUUUGUUAUUUAUCAAGUUGUGAUUGUUUUAUUAUUGUUUAUGCCAAAUGUUAAUUGCCAAGCUUGGAGUGACCUAAAGCAUUUUUUAAAAGCAUGACUAGAUUUACUUUGGGAUAAAUUAUCUUAUCCAAAUCUGAAAAGCUACAAGUGUUGAUUGUUAUAAAAUAUUGAUAACAUGCUGCCAUUCUUGAUUGCUGGAGCUUUUGUUAGCAUUUCAGAUGCAACUGAAACUAUGCUCUAUUACAUGUGAAAAGCUUAAUAAAUUCUGUACAUCAGUAGUAUAGGUCUCAAUAUUUAUUAUGAGACCAGUGGUCUGGAAACAGCUUGUUGUAUUACAUAAUCAACCGGUAUCUAUGCUUUAAAAAAAAGGCCGUUUUUUACCAUCUGCUUUAAAUCACUGCUUCAUGGUAUCAGACUACCAUAAAUUAUUUACUUGAAAAGGCUUUAAGGCAAAGGUUGUUGAAGCAUUGUCCUAGAGGAGUCGACAUGUAGAAAUUUGUCUUUUUACAGAAAUAUUGUGGUUACUCAACAUAGCUGUUAAAUUAUUUUUUCAACCAAUUAGUCUUUCAGUUGUUUUUAUCACAUCUUCUUUUCAUCACAUUGUUUCUUGGAUGUCCAGCCCUAUUGUUGUCUUUUUAACAAAGCAAAAUGGAGAAGACGGCAGUUUCUUUAGUUGAGUGAAAUAUCUUCAAGUCUCCUUACUUUAUGAGAGAAAUGAUAGAAAUAGGGUUGGAAGGUGGGAUGGGUGUAUGUGGGUAUUGGUGAUGGUUGUAAAAGAAGAAAUUGGAGAAUCACUUUUCUAGACAUCUACCUACACUUAAUUUAGAAAUGAUUUAAUCUAUUGCAGAGUACUCUGCCUCUUAAAAGCAACAAAACAGUAGAAGGAGGAUAAAUUUAGAAAAAUAAAUAUCGACUUAGAAAUAUUAUUCCAAGUAGUCUUUGUGGAAGAUUCAAUAUUAUGAAUUCACAGAUAUUUAAGCAAUUUAGAACACAGUAAUUACUAAGAACAGCAGAGAGGGGUCCCGGUCAUUCUACUGUGUUUUGUGUUUGACACUGGAAAAACAUAGCAACAAGAGUGAAAUCUCAGAUAUUUAAGGAUUCAAGAAGUGUGACAGAAGAAAAUAAUUCCUGAAAUUAUCCCCUUCUUACAAAGGAACUCCUUAAUUUAUGGAGUUUGUGGGAAAUAAAGCAAGAAUUCUUACACCUAUGAGGCCAAAGUAAUCAACGGAAGAGAGCAGAAACCAUUGGAUUAUCCUAGUAGUAACUCAAACUAUUGAAAUAGAGAAAAAAACAUGUUGAAUUUGGACUACUUCUGGAUCUGUUAAGGAAGAGAUACUACUGUCUAUUUUUUUUUUUUUGUAUAGUAUUUGAAAACAAUAAAAAUUCUAUAAUUUGGGCAUGGGUUCUUUUGUAUUACCUAUCUGCUGAGGAAAGGGGGUAAAUCCAUUAAUUAUACAACUUCUCUCCAGACCCUUCAUAUCCUGGGUAUAGAAAGAACCAGGAGCAGCUGUAUGGACUCAGUGUAUCAAACAAAAACGCUACAUGCUGACUACAAAAAGACAUUUGUAAGUGACUAUUUGCUGUAUUUGUGCCAGAGAGGCUGCAUAAGGCCCUAUAUCAGGAUCGCAUGUGUUUCUUUAUAGCUCUUAAGACCCAGAUGAAAAAUCAGAUUUUUGCCCAUAAUGGGGAGAUGUUUGGCCAUUAAUUUGUGACUGUCCCAUUGUAAUUGGAUUAAUUAUAGAGGCCAUAUUGGUUUAUAGUUAAUAAUAAAGCAUUAUCACUUUUAAGUAAACCUACAAUCCAUAGAUUUCAAUUUCCACUUUCUGAUUGUGAAAUAAAAAUGAACCGGAAUCAAAAUGAGCCAAAAGAACUUUUAGUUUGUGAGCCCUGAGAGGGCAGGGCCUGCAUGUGCCUAUCACCUGCCAGGAUUUCACUUAAAUAAAACGCUACUUGGUGACUUUCACUUUAA